AUGGUGAUACUGAGGAGAGAGUUGAAAUAUGCACAGAUUGAAUCGGAAUUAAGUAGAAUGAUGCCCUCCGAUGACGAGGAAGAUGAGGACGAUGAAGAAUUUACCUUCGUGAGUGAAAGGCCCAACUUAUUUAAUAAUUUAGAUGCAAAGAUGAAUAAGAUUCAAUCUUAUAGCUACAAAGAACUCUUAGACAUUCUUGAUGACUGUAAUCAGUCAGCGCAAUCACUCUCCCCAGCGCAACCAUCCACCCCAGUGCAAGCACCCUCCCCAGUUCAGGAAUUUACCAUACGUUCUUCACCAGAGAGGAAUGUUUCUGAGAAGGAUGCAGUUGAUGAGCCCAUGUCAUCUUUUUCACUUGAGAGUAAUGUUCCUGUGGAGGCUGCAGUUAAUGAGCCCAUGUUACCUUCUGCUCUUGAGGAAGAUAUUCGUUCAGAGCCUGUGGCUGAAGAGCCCAGACCGCCUCCUAUACCUACACCUGCCUAUCAAUGUAGAGGACCUUCUGAUCCACAAAGAUUUAGAUCCAGUUCAAAUUAUUUUGAUAUAUUGAAGAAAUCGCGAGAGUGCCUGCCGUUGCUGGAGAUUUUGUAUUCAGAGAAGAUAUAUGCUGUAGGAACCAUUCGAGCGAACAGGAAGGGAUUGCCACCAGAAAUUAGCAAGCAAAACAAAGAUCUAAAACUAAGUCCUGGUGAGUUCAUCUUCAAAUUUGCAUGCGUUAAAUGGAUGGAUACAAAAGAUGUAUUAGUAAGUACUACAGCGCAUGAUCCAAGGUCUGUUGAAGUAAAACAAAGGACACAGAAGAACGGCUCAAAAAAGCAAUGUUUUGUCCAGUUGCUAUAA